GUUUAAACAGACUUAUGUUUCGGCUACAUUCACAAUCAUUUCUGCGCUAUUCUUUCAUUUUAAAUCACCAAACCGCGAACGCGAGAGCGCAAAUGCGCAUCGGUCUGCGCAUCUUUGAAUCUUUAGAACUACACAGUGGACAAUCUCCCUGACAUCCAAAGACCUCUCCUCCGCAAUCCGACGAGGCUUCUUCAUCGCCAAUGGCCGCACAUCGGCAUCCCUGAGCCGCCGGCCUCCUCCCGGACCUUUCACCCAUCGCUGUCCUCUUUGCAUCAGGAACGCAUUGCAACUAACAUUUUUUUUUUUUAAAUCAUCCAAGACCGAUUUUUUUUUUUUUUUUUUUUAAGAACCUGGUGCUAUGCUGGGCCCAUCUCUCUAGAUCUUGUGAUUAAUACACGAUCUCUCCUCCCACAUUCGUCCGACCGAGACGCUGGUACUCUCAUCGAGCCCCGGCAGUGCAUCCUAACGCAGUGAUGCUGGCGGUGGUCCUUUUGGCGAACUUGAUGCUGCCUUUCAUCUCGGCUCAAAACGCUGGGUUUGUGAAGUCGCCAAUGUCUGAGACUAAGCUUACGGGGGACACCUUUGAGCUGUACUGCGACGUGGUUGGUUACCCAACUCCAGAGAUCCAGUGGUGGUAUGCUGAGAUCAACCGAGCUGACUCCUUCAAACAGCUUUGGGACGGAGCUCGCAAGCGGCGGGUAUCCAUCAACACGGCCUACGGUGCCAAUGGGGUUAGUGUGCUCGGCAUCACGCGUCUCACAUUGGAGGACUCUGGGACCUAUGAGUGCCGGGCCAGCAACGACCCCAAGCGCAAUGAUCUCCGACAAAACCCUGCCAUCACCUGGAUCCGCGCCCAGGCCACCAUUUCAGUGCUACAGAAACCAAAGAUCAAUGCCUCUGAUCAGAUCAUCCUAUCAGCGGACACCCCUAUCCUACCAGUUACCCUGCAGUGUAACCUCACCACUGCCCACACUCCCCACAAGGAAAGCUUUUGGGUGAAGAAUGGAAAGGAAAUCACAAACACACGGACAGAGCAGAGGAACACAGCAUACAGAAUUGUUAAACCACGGGCAGAUGAUUCCGGGGAAUACAUGUGUGUUUACACAUUUGACAUGGCACCGAACGCAAAUGCUACAAUUGAAGUAAAAGCAAAACCUGAUAUCACUGGCCAUAAGCGAAGUGAAAAUAAAAACGAAGGAGAAAAUGGAAUGCUUUACUGCAAGUCUGUUGGUUACCCACAUCCCACCUGGACAUGGCGUAAAGUGGACGGAACAUCCUACACGGACAUUGACAACUCUACUGGACGCUUCUUCAUCACAAUCAGAGACAACUACACAGAGCUCAACAUACUAAACCUGGACAUAAACACCGAUCCUGGAAUAUACCAAUGCAACGCAACUAACGUGAUUGGAAACACUGCUGAGACCACUAUACUACGGGUGCGCAGCAACCUUGCACCACUUUGGCCUUUCCUGGGUGUGCUCGCAGAAAUUAUAAUCCUAGUAGUCAUCAUUGUUGUGUACGAGAAACGCAAGACGCCAGAUGACAUUAUUGAUGACGAUGAACCAGUUGGACCAAUGAAAACAAAUUCAACAAACAACCACAAGGACAAAAACAUUCGCCAGAGGAAUACAAAAUAAGCAAUUUACUCAAAUGAGAUGGCUAAACUGCAUUUUUUGACUACAUGAAGGUUUCAAAGAUGGAUACAGCUCCAGGCGGUUUUGAAAAAAGCAUAUCUUGUCUCAUUUUAUGAGAAACAAUAUCAGCAUAACACUGGCAACAAAAAGAACAUGACAAUGGCUGUCUUAAGCAUGCCUUAUUCAGUCUGACGUGGAGAUUUCAGGAUGACGAAUAAUGACUAAAACCACCACAAAGGUGUACACAUUUUUUAAUGUGCUGUUGAUGUCUCCUUUAUUCCUUUUAUCAUAUCCUCAAACGAGGUGAUCCCUUUUGUAUUACAUAUCAUGUACAAUGCAUGCAAGAUAAUUACGCAAUAGGAUACCCAGAAUAGACAUUUUCUGUUGUUA